AUGCUAGCUCUCACAUGGGUUUACACCCUUUCUGUGGCCGUGUGCGCGGCGCUGGCACAGCCAGUACCCGCCAAGGGCCCUCACAGCGUCCAGUUCAUGCACGAACAGAACAAGAAGAGAUUCUACGACUACUCCAGCGCGACGAUCCGCGGUGUUAACAUCGGUGGCUGGUUCGUCCUAGAGCCCUUCAUCACACCCUCGCUUUUCGAGGUAUUCCGCACCAUCGACAACAACGACGAGGGUAUUCCUGCCGACGAGUACCACUACUGCCAGGCGCUCGGCCAGGAGGUCGCUGCAUCGCGCCUUGAGCAGCACUGGUCUUCCUGGUUCACUGAGAAGGACUUCGCCAACAUCGCUGACUCCGGCCUCAACUUCGUCAGAAUCCCAAUCGGCUACUGGGCUUUCAAGACACUCGAGUCCGACCCAUAUGUCACCGGCAAGCAGGAGUACUACCUGGAUCAGGCCAUCGGCUGGGCCCGCAACAACGGCCUGAAGGUCUGGGUCGACCUGCACGGUGCUGCCGGCUCGCAGAACGGCUUCGACAACUCUGGUCUGAGAGACUCGUACGCGUUUCUUGAGGACUCCAACCUAGCGUUGACCAAGGAGGUUUUGCAGUAUUUGCUGGAAAAAUACUCCAGAGACGAGUACCUAGACACUGUUAUUGGUGUUGAACUAAUCAACGAGCCUCUGGGCCCUGUUUUGGACAUGGACAAGCUCAAGGAGUACUACCAGUUUGGCUAUGACUAUCUCAGAAACGAGCUUGGCAGAGAUCAAAUCGUGAUCAUCCACGACGCCUUUGAACCUUACAACUACUGGGAUGACACCUUGGUCUACAACCAAGGUGCCUGGGGUGUUGUUGUCGACCACCAUCACUACCAAGUCUUCUCAAACAAGGAACUUCUGCGCUCAAUUGAUGAACACGUCUCAGUCGCCUGCGAAUGGGGCUCUGGCACCUUGUCCGAAGCCCAUUGGACUGUUUGUGGCGAGUGGUCUGCUGCUUUGACAGACUGUGCCAAAUGGCUAAACGGUGUCGGUUACGGUCACCGCUAUGAUGGCACUUUCCACAAGGGCGACGACACCUCUAGCUACAUCGGGUCGUGUGAAAACAACGAAGACAUCAACUCUUGGUCCGACGAAAGAAAAGCUGACACCAGGAAAUACGUCGAAGCCCAGCUAGAUGCAUUCGAGCUCAGAGGUGGCUGGGUCAUCUGGACUUACAAGACCGAGACUUCCUUGGAAUGGGAUCUGCAGCGUUUGAUGUUCAACGGGCUCUUCCCACAACCCGUUACUGACAGGCAGUACCCUAACCAGUGCGGUUUCAGUAACUAA